AUGACGGUGUCGAUCAUGACACGGGCGACAGCUGCCUUUCAACGGUCAUUUAUGGCGCCGGUUGCUCGAAAGGCUGGUGUACUGCAAGGACCACCUUAUUCCACCACUAUAUCCUACAUAUCACCAUCCACAUCAUCUACAACAUCAAACAGAAUAACAGGAGCAGCAAGACUAGGAUUCCAGCAACGAAAUACGCCGACAAUAGCCGUAUAUUCCUCUCUGGCGUCACCUGACGAGAACACAGUCUCGACAACUACUACCACAACAGCGGAUGAUAAUGGUGCCGAGAAGACACCCGCACCUCCCAGAAGGUUUAUUCCAAAGCCAUUCGAAUAUCAUCAAGUGAUAACGAUUCGAAUUGAUUCUUUGACAAAUAUGGGAUGGGGUAUCGGUCGUGUUGCAAUUGAAGAUGACGAAAGCGAAGAAGAAAUUGUUACCGAAGUUGGUGGUGGUGAUGGUUCUGAAACGGAUGCUCCUAGUCGCAUGUGGGUUGUCAUGGUACCACAUGUGGUUGUGGGAGAACUGGUAUCAGUCCGAAUCUUUCGCAAUCAAAAGAACUACAGCGAAGCUGAUUUGAUCGAAGUGCUGGAACCAAGCGCCCAUCGGGUCGAACCGAAAUGUCCGUUGGCGGGAACCUGUGGAGGAUGCCAAUACCAACACAUGUCUCUUGAAGCUCAGCGAGAAUGGAAGACCAAACAUGUCGAAGAGGUGCUUUCUCAACAACAAAUUCAAGGCUAUGAGAGUGCUGAUUACGGCAAAACAUGGGAGGUCCUGCCCACAGUUGGUACGGAUGACGUAUAUGGAUACCGCAGCAAAAUCACACCGCAUUAUCAAGCUCCUAGAGAGAUUGGUCUCGACGAAUACCAAUUGGAAGAGAUUGGCUUCCAAAGGUCAUCAAAUCGCAACUUGGUGGAUGUUCCCGAGUGUCCCAUUGCCACACCAGCAAUCAAUGCCAAAUAUAAGGAAGUUCGAGAACACUUGCACAAACAAGCUAAGAUUGGUGAAUUGAACAAACCGACGAAACAGAAGAAACGAAAGCGAGGAGGUCGAGGUGGUGCUACUGGCGCGACAUUGCUGUUCCGGCAUGCAGAUGAUGACGAAAAUGGCAAUCCAGUCGUAGUGACAGACCACAAGGAAUACAUGACAACAACGAUCAAGGACCUAAAAUUUCGAUACUUGGCUGGUAACUUCUUCCAAGUCAACAACUUUGUGAUUCCACUCAUGGUGGAUGCCGUCGUCAAGGCUGCAACACAACCGACCAAGAAGGGCACUCCCCCAUCCUAUUUGCUGGAUUGUUACUGUGGUUCUGGCUUGUUUGCCUUGAGUGCAGCCUCAUCCUUUGACGCUUGCGUGGGAAUUGAAUUGAAUGAAAAAGCGAUCGAAGAAGCUUAUGUGAACGCUGAGAUGAACAGCAUUUCAAACUGUCACUUUGUGGCAGCCAGUGCGGAAGCCAUCUUUACGAGCCCACCAAAAAUCGAAUUGUCAAGUGACGAGCCACCAAGCAGUGGGGACAAUAACGGCGACAUUGACGCGGGAAAUACAACAACAGCAAAACGAGAGAUUGCUGUGAAUGAAUUUCCACGAGACCAGACAGUUGUUGUGGUGGACCCACCUCGUAAAGGAUGCUCAGAAGAGUUCCUCAAACAACUGUAUGACUACAAUCCGGAGCGAAUUGUGUACAUGAGCUGUGGCCCUGCCACACAAGCGAGAGAUGCCAAAGGAAUUGUCGAAAUUGGAGGAUAUGAAAUCGUCUCUGUUCAACCGUUUGACCUCUUCCCACAAACCAAGCAUGUGGAGAGUCUUGUUGUGUUUGAAAAAAAACCAGUAGCAAUAGAAUUCUAA